GAGAAAUUUAGUUUGACGUAAGCAGCACCUUGACGAAUGGGAAACAGAAGCGCACGUGGCUGCGGGGAUCGUCUUUAUAAACGCGACGCGCACCGGGAACAGGAGCAGCACGCCAGACCAGCUUCAGGACCGCGCUCAUCUCAUCUCUUCUUCUCUGCUUCCAGAAGUCAGAAACCUCCGACAUGAACGGCCAGUGCAGCGGGAAGGUGAGCGACGCCGUGGAGGAGUUCCACUGCAACAACGGCUUCAGCGACCUCAUCAUAGACACCAAGAAGUCCGCCAUGCACCGCGAGCACGAGACGUCCCGCAAAGAGGCUGAGGACAAGUCCCGCUUACCUGCGCUCCAGGCCGCCUACACCAGCAUCCUCCGCGAGCUCGGGGAGGACACGGACCGCCAGGGUCUACUGCGCACGCCGCUGCGCGCCGCCAAGGCCAUGCAGUUCUUCACCAAGGGCUAUCACGAGACCAUCGACGACAUCUUAAACAAUGCCAUAUUUGAUGAAGACCACGAUGAGAUGGUGAUUGUGAAGGACAUAGACAUGUUUUCACUGUGUGAACAUCACCUGGUGCCCUUUUUUGGCAAAGUUCACAUCGGGUAUAUUCCCAACAAAAAAGUGGUGGGAUUGAGCAAGCUGGCAAGGAUUGUGGAGAUCUUCAGUCGGAGGCUUCAGGUUCAAGAGCGUCUGACCAAGCAGAUUGCCACGGCAAUAUCAGAAGCCCUGCAGCCGAAAGGUGUAGCUGUGGUCAUUGAAGCAGCGCACAUGUGCAUGGUUAUGCGUGGUGUCCAGAAGAUGAACAGCCGCACAGUGACGAGCGCCAUGUUGGGAGUUUACCUGGAGGACCCCAGAACUCGGGAGGAGUUCCUCACUCUUUCAAAGCACAUUUAACAAAUGCCAAUUGUAAUUCCCUACCUGACCUCCUUCUACAGAAAACUCUAUAGUAAACAGUGGAGCCGCAUUUGACUUUAAGGGGACAGUUCACCACAAAACCAAACAUCCAAGCCGACUCUGGGGCUCACCUUUUCAGCCCUGCUGCAGAAAUCCACCGUUUGAAAUCACUGUGAACAUAAUAGGAAAUUAAAGACUCAUAUUAAUGGUGCCUUUGGUAGAUAUUUUAUAGUCUUAGAGGGCAAGAUUGUUGUUAUGAAGUAUGAAACCUAAGUGCAAUGUUGUAAUGUGACAACACUAAAGACUUAAGACUUUUAUUAUGGAAUAUUCAUCGGUGCUUCUGUAUACUGGUACACCUUUCCUUGAGUUAUUAUUAUAUUUAGAAUUCACAGAUUUUCCUAAUUAAUCCAUGUGUCAUUUAUAAAUGCAUUUAUAAAGCCUUUGUAAUAUAAGAUACAAAUGAAAUUAUUAUAUCUGUAGUACAAAGAGAAUAAUUGAUGUGCUGAUAGAUUUUUGAUUUUAUGAAUGACCGCUUAAAUAAAAUUAUAUACACAUAAAGAAAGUUGUUAACAUCAGUAACCUGUAAAGUUUUAGUAUGUUACGUUUGUUUUAUGCUACAUGUAACUCCAAUUCCAAAGAAGUUGGGACAUUGUGUAAAACCAAUAAAUAAGCAUAUAUUUACAAAAACGUUUCAAACAAGUUAGUAUUCUGC